GCCUCCUUUUGCCCGUCUCAAAUUACCCGGGCUCCUGCCAGUGCCCAGCCUUCUGCUCCCUCUACACUCUGGGCUCGCUGCAGGCAGCAGGACGUCCCUACCUCCAGCUCCAAGGUAGACAACCUGCACAGUCUGUGGCAUCUCCAGUGUGGGAGGCUUCUAAGAGCUGCCAGAGAAGUGUCUGUCAGAGAGGAAUGGCUGGCACCUUCUGCCGUCUCCUGGCCGGGCGCGCGGCCCCCGCUCUCUUCGCCGCCGCGGGCACGGGGGUGCUGGCCACGGGCUACCUGCUGGGCCAGCACAACGUCAGCGCCGCUGUGCAGGAGAAGAGGAAGCUCUUUCCCCCCAGCGCUGACUACCCUGACCUGCGCAAGCACAACAACUGCAUGGCCGAGUGCCUGACGCCGGGCAUCUACUCCCGCCUCAGGGACAAGAUGACCCCCAACGGGUACACCCUGGACCAGUGCAUCCAGACCGGGGUGGACAACCCUGGCCACCCCUUCAUCAAGACGGUGGGCAUGGUGGCCGGGGACGAAGAGUCCUACGAGGUGUUUGCUGAGAUUUUUGACCCUGUCAUUAAAGCGAGACAUAAUGGCUACGAUCCACGGACAAUGAGGCAUCACACGGACCUGGAUGCAUCCAAGAUCACCCACGGGCAGUUCGACGAGCGCUACGUGCUCUCGUCCCGGGUGCGCACCGGGCGCAGCAUCCGCGGGCUCAGCCUGCCGCCGGCCUGCACCCGCGCCGAGCGCAGGGAGGUCGAGAACGUCGUGGUCACCGCGCUCUCCGGCCUGCGGGGCGACCUGUCCGGCAAGUACUACAGCCUGACCAGCAUGACCGAGCGGGAGCAGCAGCAGCUGAUCGAUGAUCACUUUCUCUUUGACAAGCCAGUGUCCCCUUUGCUAACAUGUGCUGGGAUGGCCCGUGACUGGCCGGACGCCAGAGGAAUCUGGCAUAACAACGAGAAGACAUUUCUUAUUUGGAUUAAUGAAGAGGACCACACCAGGGUGAUCUCCAUGGAGAAGGGUGGCAACAUGAAACGUGUCUUUGAAAGAUUCUGCCGUGGAUUAAAAGAGGUGGAAAGGCUGAUCAAGGAGCGGGGCUGGGAGUUCAUGUGGAAUGAGCGUCUCGGGUACGUGCUGACCUGUCCCUCCAACCUGGGCACGGGGCUGCGCGCAGGAGUCCACGUCAAGCUGCCCAGGCUCAGCAAGGACCCCAGGUUCUCCAAAAUCCUGGAGAACCUGCGCCUGCAGAAGCGUGGCACCGGCGGGGUGGACACGGCGGCUGUGGCUGACAUCUAUGACAUCUCCAACCUGGACCGCCUUGGUCGCUCAGAGGUGGAGCUAGUCCAGAUUGUCAUUGACGGGGUCAAUUACCUCGUCGACUGCGAGAAGAAACUGGAAAGAGGUCAAGACAUCAAGGUGCCACCCCCCCUGCCUCAGUUUGGCAGGAGAUGAAGUUGCUGCUGAUGGCCGCAGCUGAGGGUAAACGUGGCUGCCAUUCUGAUGGAAAGGCACCCCUGUACAUCUCUGUAUAAAUGCAUUGUGUAAUAAAACACUACCUGACACCUGAA